AUGGCAGCACGAACUGAUAUCGAUACGAUGAAUGCAUCGCACUUACAACAUAAACUAACCAAACAAUCAACACGACUGAAGGAUUGUGCAACACCUAUUCGUAUUAAUAUUCGUCGCAGUGAAACAACGUUAUCGCCCAAUGAUGAAAAUGAAUGCCGUCAAAUGUAUGAAAAACUACAACGGUUGCAACCAAACGGUGUUUGCGUAGAUAUUAAUACGUUAAGGCGUGCACUUUAUCCGCCUGUUUCACUUAAAAAAGACACCAACGAACCACUGUUAACAUUUAAAACUUAUCGUAAACGCGCUGAUGAAAUACCACGUCUGCCAACAUACGUACAAACAAAAAAGACAAAAUUAAAUAAAAUAGAACGUAUAAGUCUGGACGGCAUUGUUAAUCAAGUCAAAAAACAUGCAGCAAUCAAUUAUAGUUAUUAUACACGAACUAAAUAA